AAAUUAGCUGGAACUCCCGGAUGAACAUGUGCUCAUGGGAGAUUCAACAUGGCGGCCUCCACGAGCGCAGAUAUGAACGACUUGCGCUUUCAUGAAAUGGGCUUAGAUGACAGGAUUUUAAAGGCCAUAGCCAAGCUUGGCUGGUCUAAGCCCACCCUCAUCCAAGAACGAGCCAUACCCCUGGCCCUGGAAGGCAAAGAUUUGCUUGCAAGAGCACGGACAGGCUCAGGAAAGACGGCGGCCUAUGCCAUACCUCUUGUCCAGAGAAUACUGUCAAGUAAACAGACAGCCAGGGAGCAGGCUGUACGAGCUGUGGUCAUGGUACCCUCCAGAGAGCUUUGCAGUCAGGCAUAUAAGAACAUCUUGGAGUUGACGAGUUGCUGUUCCAGAGAGGUCAAGUGUGCAGAUGUAUCAGUACAAGUAGACUUGGCUGCUCAAAGGCCCCUCCUCAUGGAGAAGCCAGACAUCAUCGUGGGUACCCCGAGCCGCCUCUUAGCCCACCUCCAGGCCCAGAACCUCACCCUGGUGGACAGCUUAGAGGUCCUAGUCAUCGACGAAGCUGAUCUCAUCUUCUCCUUCGGCUACGAGGCGGACCUCAAGGCUCUCCUGCCCUUCCUGCCCAAGAUCUACCAAGCCUUUCUCAUGUCGGCCACUCUGAGCGACGAAGUGGUGGCCUUGAAAAAGUUGGUGCUUCACAAUCCUAUAACACUAAAACUGGAGGAAUCCCAGUUGCCAGACAUGGACCAGCUGACCCAGUACCACGUCAAAUGCGGAGAGGAAGACAAAUUUCUGCUCCUGUACACGUUACUCAAGCUGCGGUUGGUCAGGGGAAAGACCAUCAUCUUCGUCAACGACAUUGAUAAAUCCUACAGAUUGAAGUUGUUUCUGGAGCAAUUCUCGAUCCCUGGCUGCGUGCUCAACUCUGAACUGCCAGUCAACUCCAGAUGUCACAUAGUGGAGCAGUUCAACACCGGUCUGUAUGACAUCAUAGUUGCGUCAGACGAAAGCUCACUGGGCACGGGCAAGCAAGGAGGCAAGCGGAAAAAAUCGAAAUCCAAAAAGGGUAAGAGCAGAGAAUACGGCGUUUCACGAGGGAUCGAUUUCCAGAACGUGGCCAACAUCAUCAACUUUGACUUUCCGCCGACCAUCAAGUCAUACAUCCACAGGGUUGGCAGGACUGCUCGUGGUGAUACAAAAGGAACAGCUUUGUCUCUCGUCAACGAUACUGAGACGGAAAUAUUAGAAGAUAUUGAAAAAUAUCUUGUUAAAGAGGAUGGCACUUCGCUCAUCCGUCCCUACCAAUUCAAGAUGGUUGAGAUCGAGGGCUUCCGCUACCGCUGCAAGGACGCCAUGCGGGCGGUGACGCGGGUCGCGAUCCGGGAAGCCCGCGUCAAGGAGAUCAAACACGAGAUCUUCCAGUCGAAGACGCUCAAGACGUACUUUGAUGACAACCCGCGAGACAUCCAGCUGCUCCGCCAUGACAAGGUUCUACACCCGGCUAAAGUGCAUUCGGACCUCAGAAACGUUCCAGAGUACCUAGUGCCCAAGACGUUAAAAGCCAGCACAUCAGGAGCUUCUUUCAAAGGUCCUACUACAAGGAAACGGAAGCACAGGGGCCCGAGGGAGUCCAGAUUUGCCAAGAAAAAGAGGAGAAACGCGGCCGAUCCUUUGAAGAGCUUCAAGUUCAAGAAAUCAUGAACGUCCUGAAAAUCAAACAUCGCUGCUCAAGCACGAUCGACACUUUCAACAAAGUUGGACCUGCCAGCAAUACAUCAGCAUCUUCAUCAACCUGCAGUGCAGCAGGGCCCAAGUUUAUGGGGCUACUUUACAGUUGUGCUUACUAUAGCAGAAAAUUGGGCUAACCUUAUAAGCACUAUUUCAUUUGCAAAAGGCUGCGCGCGCAUGGUGAUUUCUAUUGUUUCGUCACUAAUUUAAGUAAUUUUUUCCUCCGAGGUAAGCAUGCCUUUUGUUUGCUUACUGUUUACGGUCUCCGUGAAAUAGAUGGAGGCUCUGUUAGUAGAAAAUCGUGUUGCAUUAAGGAAUUCAUCAAAAUUAUAAAAUCAUAUAUGUCAGAUGUAACAAGGACAGGAAAAAAGUGGACCCCAAAUUUACAGAAUGACCCAAAAACUUAUCGUUAACCCUAACCCCCUAGAGUGAUUUACUAGGAAUCUUCCUCACUCCUGCAAAUUCCAACACCACAUGGUAAACUGUGCACAGAAACUGUUGGACUCUUGAUUAUUGGUGGUAUGCCUAACCCCAAGUGAAGCAUAAUCAAUUUACUAGUGCAGUAAUCACUCUAACAGAUUCCAACAAACCCUGGGGUUGGAGUUUGACUGGAUGGGGACUAAGGGUUAAGGAGUGUCGACAGGGAUAUUUGUUUGUUGUAAAGGGAAGGAGGAUAGACAGAUUUUUCAACCACAUUUACAUGUUUAUGCAUCCAGGCAGGAUCAUGUUGUUUUUUUCCAAUAUUUCUUGUGCAUCAUUACAAGUCAAUAAAUGAUAUUUAACACUAAAAAAUGAA